AUGACUUAUCCAAUCAGCUACGAUUCCACCACUAAAAAGGUGACGCUGGAUGACGAUGUUUCCGCGUCGCAAUACAAAGAUCUCCAGGUGGAGCUGUCGCAGCUCAACACACUGACGUCAGAGCUGGUGUCCAACGGAGGAGACGUGCCUCCUGCACCCUCUAAAGAAUCCUACAAUAAGUCCCUCUCGGCUAUGACUAAGAAAAUGCAUGAGGCAGCGGUUUCCUCGAUGAAGACACAGAAAUUUGCCGAUGCAGCCAAGCAGUUUGGUCUUGCGCUGGAGAUGGCCAGUCGCCGCGCCAAAUUUGAGUCGUUUCAGCUGACGAUCCCGGAGGUGGCUGUGUGUCUGAACGGACGCUGCGAUGCCAACUUGAUGGCAGGAAACUUUUUGGAUGCAUAUAACGACGCCGAGAUUCUGACGAACAUCAUGCCCAACGUGCCAGACCACUUCCUACGAAAGGGUGUGGCUGCACGGAAUCUUGGCCGCCUUGUGGACGCCAAAGCCGAAUUCGAGCGUGGGCUUUGCUUUAAUGAGUCUCACCCAAAGCUCCAGGCAGAGUUACAGAACAUCGUGGUGAAAAUAGCAGAAGAAAACGGUGAAUAA